CUCAAGAAUAAAAUUCGUUAUCCGGGGGAGUUUCCGGAUAAAAUAAACUCGUCUUUUUUUUUUCUUUCUUUCUCAUCAUGUCCUUUCAUCUAACUCGACUUGGUCGAUCAAGAGCUUUAUUACGAUGCCCAUCACUCAGAAGAACUGCAUUCAGUGACUCAUCACGACCUUUUCCACCUCCUCAGCCCACAAGGCCAAUUGAUAUGCUUGACGAGGCCAAAAACAAAAGUACGAUGAAUACAAGUAGUAUAUCACCUACUUUGGACGCAGUGGCAGAAGAUACCAUGUCGAGAGACAAAAAUCCAAACAGUUUUAGAAGAAGCCAUCAUUUUGAUACCUAUAAAUUACUUACUUAUCUCGAAAGUCAAGGAUUUACUCGACCACAAGCAGAGGUGAUCAUGAAGGGAAUCAAAUUUCGCUUAAGAGAAUGUACUGCUUCUGUUCGACAACAAUUGUUACUCACUUCUGAUCUCGAAAAUGAAUCGUAUCUGUUUAAGGCAGCAUUAUCAGAAUUAAGAACAGAGAUACAAGUGAUGCGAAAAAACGAUAUGCAAAUGCUUCAAACCGAAUUAUCUGUACUUACAAGGGAAGUGGAUGCAUUAGAACAAAGUCUGAAUGAAGGUGUAGCUGACAUGAAAAAUGAAAUUCAAAUGGACAUGAACAACCGAAAGAAUGAGACUCGAGAAGGACAAAAGGAAAUGGAACUCAAGAUUCAAGAAAUCAAUAAUAAGUUCACCAUUCGACUUGGUGAUAUUCGAACAGAAAUUGAAGCUGUUCGAUGGGAAACCAUUUGGAAGGGUCUAACGGGUGUUGCUUUAGCAGGCCUUACUAUUGCAAGUUUAGGCUAUUUAUUAACAAGGUAUUCAGUAAGAAAGGCAGAAAUGUUGAGAUUAGAAGAAGAUAGAAAAAAGAAGAAAAUACAAGAAGAUGCUAAUCAAGCUGGCACUGUUGAUAUGGAAGUUAUUUAUUAAUAAACAAGUUGAAAAUGAAUG